AUGUCUCCUAUCCAGCCUCACCCCAGCCUCACUGCUUCGACCUCCUUGGCUUCCUCCACAGAAAACGAAUCAUCAGCAUCAUCAGAAACGCAUUAUCCUCUCACUUCCCUUAGUAGGGAAACUUAUCUUACCCCUCAAAAAAAGAAAGUUACCGCAUUCCAAUGGAAAGUAUAUGAUUUAGCUAUACGUAUACCUCUUGGAAAAGUCACGACUUAUGGAAUCCUUGCUCAGUUACUCACUUCUAACUCUUCUGGUGUCAAGAGAGGAGGUGCUCAAGCUGUUGGGAAUGCUCUUCGAUCAAAUCCUUUUGCUCCGUUUGUACCCUGUCAUCGUGUGAUCAAUGCUGAUCUUUACAUAGGAGGUUUUUUCGGUGAUUAUGGAGUGCCUACAACUGGUUCGAGUUCAAGUUCAAGUAAAAAACGAGGAGUGAAACAAAAAAGUACCACAAAUCAUGUUCAUCGUAAGAUUGAACUGUUGAAAUCUGAAGGCAUUCAAGUUGGAGGUAAUGGAAUGAUUUUAGGGAUCACGACUGAUGAGUUGUGGCGCGGUUGA